CUCCAGCAUCCACAGUGUUGUCAGCUAAAACGUUUCAAGUUACCGAAAACAAUAGUUAAAAAUGGCUGGACAUGCGAUGAAAUUCACUGUUUGGUUGGUUUGCAUGGUGGUGGUUUUAUUUACUGUGAUUGAAGUGAGUCAGGCAAACUACAAAAACGCGCCUAUGAAUGGAAUCAUGUUUGGUAAAAGGGUACCUUCUGAAUACGAAAUCCGGAGCAAGACAUUUACGGCGUUAUGUGAAAUUGCAACAGAAGCAUGCCAAGCGUGGUUUCCUUCGCAAGAAAAUAAAUAAAAGCUGAAAAAUCGAUUUACAAUUAAAUAGCAUACAACGGUUUUUGGAGAAAAUGUUUAACUCGUACACAUAUUAUGAUAAAAUUG